ACAUCUCGAUGGGAAAUUCAGUUAAGGAUGCGGAAGUCAUACAAAGUUUAUGUUUUGUUGACGACAAUAUUAUCUAAAAUAUCUUAAAAAUGUUAAUAAAGUUCACAAGGAUUAUAAACUGUCUGCUACUCUUACCGAAGGUAUAAUAUUGAGGUAAAAUAACGUAAGAGGUUCCUGUGCGUAAUUACAUAUCUGGGACGAACAGUGCGAGGGAAAUCGAUUUUUCCAUCUACACCAACAACCCCUUCGAAAACUAACCAGAUUUGUUGUGAAAACCACGAAGUUAAUAUGCCUUUCUCACUACAUUACUGUUGGAGUCCAUCGAAAUUACUCCUAGCCUGCUAAGCAAAAAACUCAUGACAAAUUAUUAAACGAUGCCAGAAAAUUUAGAACUGCAUCAGUUUGUCGACGGUUUUCGUCAUGGCGAAACUUCACAUAGACUACUUACGCGCCUCAAAGCAACACUUAAUUGCCCUUAUUUGGGUAUUAUACUAGCUACUCUCUCCUCGCUUUUUUUCUCACUAUGUUCGGUUAUAGUGAAGGGCCUCGUGGACGUAAAUCCAAUGGAGCUUGCUUCAUUUCGGUUUAUUGGUGUACUGCUUCCUGCAAUACCCAUCGUUGUCUACAAUCGAUACCCGGUAUUUCCCGAAGGCAAACGUGUGAUAUUACUGCUACGCUGCUUUAUGGGCACGACCGGUUUAAUGUUAAGUUUUUACGCUUUUCGUCAUAUGCCACUCGCCGAUGCUAGUGUUAUAAUCUUCUCAACGCCAGUAUUUGUUGCCAUUUUUGCGCGAGUGUUUCUCAAGGAGCAUUGCAGCCUCUUCAACAUCGUCACCAUCUUACUUACUCUAGUUGGGGUAGUGCUAAUUACUCGACCACCUUUUGUCUUUGGUGAUGCCGCCCCUUCAAUGGAGACUGAACGCUUUUCAGGGAAAACCUACGACAUUUGGGGUCCAGUUGCUGCCAUAUCAUCCACAUUAUUUGGUGCCAAUGUGUAUAUAUUGCUUAGAGCCCUCAAAGGGCUACAUUUCUCCGUCAUCAUGACAAAUUUUGGUGCUUUUGCCCUGGUGUACACAUUUAUUGUGUGUGGUUCAAUAGGUGCAUUGUGCUGGCCAGCAUGUGGACGAGAUCGUUGGCUUGUGGUGGUUCUGGGUAUAUUUAGCUUUUUGGGUCAAAUACUACUCACAUUGUCACUGCAAAUGGAGCAAGCUGGACCGGUGGCCAUUGCACGUUGUGCAGAUAUUGUAUUCGCAUUUAUAUGGCAAAUCAUGUUUUUUGGGGAAACUCCAACUGGCUAUUCCCUUUUAGGCGCCUUGUUAGUAGUGAGUUCAGUUAUUUUGACAGCGCUUAAGAAAUGGGCAUUGUCGCUGCCACGGGAGUCCUCGGCUAGAAAACGACUACGAUAUUUAUUAUUAAAUUAAAAACAUAUAAUAUCUCUUAAUGGAGCAUAGAAAAAUGACGACAUUAAUAAUAGAAGCGCAUUGUGGUUUCUCUCAUAGGAUGAUAAUUAUAAUAUUGCAUCUACGUAGUAAUAUAUUGAAAGUAAUUAUUAAGAAACGAAUCAACUAAUAUACGUUAGCAAAACCAAUUAAACUACA